GAUGUGCACUUUUAAAGUAUUUGGUUCGAUUUCAUCAUGACAUACAUGUACGAGUCAUAAACAAAGAAAAAAAAUCCCUGAAAUGUAGAAAGUACCGGUAAAUAAAAAUGCCUUCACUUACUUGGCAUUGGGGAAAAUGUAUGCAAACAAACUUUACAAAUAACUUAAUAUCUUGAUUAAUGGUCCAUAUUCUCUUCAAAGAUAUCAUGAAAACAAUGUACAGUGUAGAGAGUGCUCUUGUUAUGUUUUGUGGCGCUUUCUCCCGUCUUUUGCGAAUUCCUCUGUCUAUGGUAUGCUGGAUAAAAAGAUUGCACAACCAACUAUAUGACACAGAGAAAUACAAUGAAAAACACUAAUGUCAUUGCUUUUGACAACUUGGAAAGAAUUUGGCGCUGUAUCAAGGAGACGUUUGUCAGCAGUUUCAGUAAUCAUACUUCACUUGCGGAACACGGCGGGGACUUGCGUGAACAAUGGCUGGUUGGGGCGCCGCGUCCAUUCCCCUGAGGGUUGCUCUGAUCGUUCUUUGCCUGGCUCUAGUGGUCUUUGUGAUCGGUUUUGCGACCAAAGGAUGGGCCCAUAACAAGUUCGGUACCGAUAUCAUUGCCGAGGCGAUGCGUAUUCCAGUGUACGUGGAACACGAGAUAGGACUCUGGGCUUAUGACGUCUGCUACACAGAGCGAGGCGGCGGCCUGAACAAGUACCUGCGGUACGCCAGGUAUUAUCAGUGCGGCGAUCGUGAUAUUGGACUUUUCAUCGAUGGUUUACGUUGCGGAGACUGGUACCACGCGGUACAGGGCAUCGAGUGCCUGGGGCUGAUUCUGAUGGUCGCUGCCCUCAUUCUUCUCUUCCUCUACUUCUUUGUUCAGUCUAUGAAGCAGAGAAAAUACCUACUUAUCACCAUAGGACUCACAUUUGGCGCUGUCGUGUUCAUUAUAAUUGGUGUCGGAAUUUACGGGUCUAAAAUCAAAGACAUAUAUUACAAGUUGGGAUGGUCCUUUGGCGUGACGAUAGCUGGCGCUGUACUAGCCGCCGUAGCAGGAAUCGCAGAAGUUAUUGUGCUCCUGAAGUGAGAAUAUUUCCUGCUAGAGUGAGCUACCCUGCCUUAAUAUGAAAAGCUGGACAAUGAAAACGUAAAGCGCAAAAUUUUGUUACUAUUUGAAUUUUUUCAAGCGAAAUUUUAAUUUCGGAAUACUGUGAAGUAUUUAAGCUUCAGGAUGUGUAUUUUACUACUUCCCGAAAAAAAUUCACUAUGUUGUGUUAUUGCAUUACUGUCAUAGAGGCUGACUGGUGUUCGAUUCGUUAGAAAUACGAGCGCGGUUUGAUUU